AUGCCGACCAAAAGGGAAACCAUCGUGGGAGAAGGCGAUUCAGACUUAGAACCUGUAGAGGACCUGACCCAACCGCUGGCUUUGAGAUCGAAACGGACGGAACGACAGAGGAGAAGGCGAGAGAAGAGGGCGCAAGCCGCGAUAUCAAGUACGCAAAAUGAGCAUCGCGAAUUUCUUGACCUUCCUCUCGAGCUGUUCACGGGAAUCUUGUACUUGCUCCGCCCGAGCGAUAUCUUGGCUUUGUCAGGGGUCAACCGCUCGCUCCGUGCAUUCCUCCUCGCCAACGAAUCCGACAUCGUAGGGCGGAUUGUCCAGUUGCGGUAUCCAAUUCUCGAACGAUGCCUGAUCCCACCGGUUCCGAUAAAUGAGGUGGAUCCGGAGGUUCGGCUCUUGCUUCAAAGCCCGGACCGCUCCGACGUCGUUGUAUCGCCCCGGAGCGUCCUACAAAAUAUUCCCCUUUCGGACAACACCCUUCACUGCACGUGUGUGACCUGCAUGGUCCGCUGGACGGCUCUCUGUGCUGCCGUGGACUUUGCGCACUGGCAAGACCACCUGGAUAACGGCGUCCCGAUCCCGACGGUACCUCGCGGGACCUCUCCGCCCUGGAACCAGGAUCUCCUAGCCCGGAACCGCCGCAUCGUUCUCGCAUCUUUAUCCAGUCCACUACAAUACGCGCGGAUCUUGGAAGCGCAUCUUGAUUCAACGAUGCGAUCCAUCCGCCGGCACAGCCGCAACACAUCUGACCGGCGCCCUCAUUAUCGCAUGUCGGAUGCGGAGAUGCGCGCGGGCGCCGACUCGUUUUUGAGCCAAGAAGGCCCUCACACAGUCGAUUACCCUUACAGCCGAGAGCUGUACUACAUGCUGGAGGUCUUCCUGCCCGGCCGGAGCUGGAUCGCCGAGCGUCAGGAAUGGGUGUAUAUGGCUCAAGAGCAGUGGCAUGAAUGGGACUUGCGCAACCUCGUCCAGAGAGCUAAAGCAAGACGGCAUGAGGGCCCUCACGGGGGCCGUGCUCUUCUUACUGAGGUGGAUAAUUCGACCUGA